AUGAACACGGAAUCUAAAUUACAGGCCAAAUAUAAUGUCGCCGUCGAGCGUUACCAAGCUGCCAAACAGGCCGAAGCAGCUGCUAAGAAGGAAGUGGAUGAGAAAGAGGCAUUGGCAGAAGAAACACAGGAGGGCACCAAAGAGUAUUUUCUCGCUUGGGCAGAAUUAUACAAGGCAGAAAUAGCUUUUACUGAAAAGGUUGAACAAAGAUGUGGUGCUGAGUAUGAGGUAGCCUUCUUCAAAGUAGAUUGCGUGAAAUACAGGCACGGUGCUGACUCCAAGGAAGGGCAAAGAGCCCAGCAUCGCGCAGAGUUGGCUCACACAAUGGAGUAUGUUUACAGAGAGAGCUCUCCAUAUUGGAUAAAAUGGUACAAGUUGGAUUGCAAAGCUUGGUGGGUGUAUUAUCAGUUGAAAGCAGAAGGUUAUGACAACAGUGCAGAUGAGCUUGAUAUGUCAAGGAAAUUGUUUUGUGAUCGCAUAAAAGCCAAUGGUGAAACCCUCUCUAAUGCCCGGAAUGCGGUCGUGGAAGCGUUAAAUAAAUGGGAACAAGAAGAUGAUCGUGUCGCCUGGGAUAAGGCCAAACCAGAGUACGACUCCGCACUAGCCAAGUGGAAUGAGUUCAAAAUCAAGGGUGAUCAAUACGCGGAGGAAUUGGGCAAAACAAUUAACUCACGCAUCAAGGGUGUGGCGCCGAUAUCGGAAUUGUUGUGUGGUCACACUGGUAAAAGUGUUGCUGAGUUGCAGAAAGAAGCUAAACAAGAUCCGCACUCUGCUAUAGGUUUAGAAUUGCUAAAGAAGUAUGGUGCUGCAGCCAAGCGCUAUGAAGCCGCCGUACAAGGUGAGGCAGCUGCUAAGAAGGAAAGGGAUGAGAAGCUGGCUUUGGCAGAAGGAACACAUGAUGGCACCAAAGAGUAUUAUCUCGCUAAGGCAGAGUGGUUGAAGGCAGAGAUGGCUAUUGCUGAAAAGGUUGAACAAAGAUAUGCUACCGAAUCUGAAAGAAAUUCGUGCUAUACAGAUUGGAUGAAAUACAGGCACGGAGGUGACUCCAAGGAAGCGCAAAGAGCCCAGCAUCGUGCAGAGGUGGCUCUCACAAUGAAGUAUGUUUACAGAGAGAGUUCUCCAUAUUGGAUAAAAUGGUACAAGUUGGAUUGCAAAGUUUGGUUGGUGUAUUAUCAGUUGAAAGCAGAAGGUUAUGACAACAUUGCAGAUGAGCUAGAUAGGGCAAGAGAAGUGUUUCGUAAUCGUAUAAAAGCCAAUGGUGAAGCCCUUUCUAAUGCCCGGAAUGCGGCCGUGGAAGCGUUAAAUAAAUGGGAACAAGAAGAUGAUCGUGCAGCCUGGAAUAAGGGAAAACCAAAGUACGACACUGCACUAGCCAAGUGGAAUGAGUUCAAACCCAAGGGUAAUCAAUACGCGGAGGAGCUGGAAGCAAGGGUUGACGAGUGUCUUCGAUGGAAAGAGUCAGAGAAAAAACACAGGGAUGCUUUCGAGCGUUACGUUGCCGCUCUACGGACCGAGACAGUUGCUAAGAGGGAAGUGGAUGAGAAAGAGGCUUUGGCAGAAGGAACACAGGAUGGUACCAAAGAGUAUUAUCUCGCUAAGGCAGUAUAUUGGAGGGCAUAUAUGGCUUUUGCUGAAAAGGUUGACGAAAGAUAUGCUGCUGAGUAUGCGGAAGCUUUCUUCAAAGUAGAUUGCGUGAAAUACAGGCUUGGUGGUGACUCCAAGGAAGCGCAAAUAGCCCAGCAUCGCGCAGUGGUGGCUCGCACAAGGGAGUUUGUUUAUAUGGAUGACUCUCCAUAUUGGAUAAAAUGGUACAAGUUGGAUUGCAAAGCUUGGUGGGUGUAUUAUCAGUUGAAAGCAGAAGGUUAUGACGACAUUGCAGAUGAGCUUGAAAGGGCAAGGAAAGUGUUCUUGGAUCGUAUAAAAGCCAAUGGUAAAACCUACGGCAUUACUCACAAUAUAGCCGUGGAAGCGUUAAAUAAAUGGGAACAAGAAGAUGAUCGUGUUGCCUGGUAUAUGGGAAAUAGAGGGAAUGAUCGUGUUGCCUGGUAUAUGGGAAAUGAAAUGUAUUCUGAUGAACCAGCCGAGUGGAAUGAGUUCAAAAUCAAAGGUGAACCAUAUGCGGAGGAAUUGGGCAAAACAAUUAACUCACGCAUCAAGGGUGUGGCGCCGAUAUCAGAAUUGUUGUCCCUUCACACUGGUAAAAGUGUUGCUGAGUUGCAGAAAGAAGCCAAACAAGAUCCGCACUCUGCUAAAGAUUUAGAAUUGCUAAAGAAGUAUGGUGCUGCAGCCAAGCGUUAUGAAGCCGCUGUACAAGCUGAGGCAGAUGCUUAUAACGAAAUGGAUGAGAAAUGGGCUUUGGCAAAAAAAACACAGUGGGACACCAAAGAGUAUUAUUUCGCUUGGGCAGAGAAACAGAAGGCAGAGAUAGCUGUUCUUGAAAAGGUCGAACAAAGGUGUGCUGCCGAAAAUGCGGUGUAUUGGCGCUACGUAGAUUGCAUGAAAUACAGGCACGGGACUGACUCCAAGGAAGCGCAAAUAGCCCAGCAUCGCGCAGAGUUGUCUCGCACAAUGGAGUUUGUUUACAGUGAUUACUGUCCAUAUUGGAUAAAAUGGUACAAGUUGGAUGGCAAAGUUCGGUGGGUGUAUUAUCAGCUCAAGGCAGAAGGUUAUGACAACGUUGCAGCUGAGCUCAAAAGGCAA